AUGGACGAGAGCGGACGCGUCGUGCUCGUGGAUCCUGAGAUGUACUAUGAGCACCACUACGUGCAGCGAAACUACUUGCGCAUCGCGGCGUCGGUGUUCCUAUCGGUUCUCUCGGGGAGGUCCCUCGGCCGCCCCUCCGCCCUGACGCCUCCGCUGGUGGAACAUCUCUCCAAGGUCUGGCAUAGGCCGCGACGGCCGCUGGUCGGGGUUGAUGCUGCCGCUGGCAGCAGAGAGGGGGGGCUCGCGCAUGCGGAGGAGGGGGAUGGGGUCGUUGCGGUCGCCUUGGGUCCAAGCGUGGCGACUAUUCCCCUCCGACCUUGGGCGAAAGAGGUGAAGGUCAUGGCGCCACGGCUGUUGCGGCGGAAUAAGCUGCUUCCGGUACCUGGUGGUCCCAGCAGCCGCCGAAUGCCUGCGGGCGAGCGAGAGGAGGAGGAGGAGGAAGAGGAGGAGGCGCUGAGUCUCCAUGGUCAAGUCUUGGCGUGGAGCAAAGACGGGAGUGUCGUGGCGGUCUCCACCCCUACGGGAGGCGUCGCCUGCCUGCGCCACCUCUCCGGAGCCUGUCUGGCUACCGUCGUCCCGCGCCCCACUGGGCCGGACCGGGGGGGUUCCGCGGCGAGCCUGGGGGGGGGGGUCGCUGGCGUCGCCCUUAGGGGGUCGUCGGAAGGCGGGAAGAUGGAGGUGGUGGUCCUUACGUACGACGCCGUCUUGGCGCUCUACUCGUUUUCUGUGGAAGGAGGCGUGGGUGAGGGUGGGGGCGAGGUCCUGUCGUCCCCGGCUUGGGAGCAGCGCCUCGGGAGAUGGCAUGCCUCCACGUGUGCGAUGGCAUUCCACGGAGCCUCGGACACGGUAGCCGUGGUAGGCCCUUCGGGCGCCUCCCGCCCCGACUCCUGCCUCUCCCUCACCCUCUGGCGAGUGACCGGGGGCGCCGCCGCUGCCGCCGCCGCCGUCGCAACCGUCGAACAAAGCAGCGCCUACGCCGCUGCUGGCGGAGGUGCCAUCUUGCGCGCGCGUGGGUCGAGGCUGGCGGCGGGGGGGAGCGCCGCCAUGCCGCUGCCGCCGCUUCGGCUGACGGAGCUCCACUUCGUGUCGCUGGAGGGGGGGUCGUUCGUGGUUCCCGCGCCGCGGGCGGGGUUGGACAGGGCGCCCCCCGGGACGGUGCCGGCGUUGCUGCCUUUGUUUUUCCCGGGACUGCGAGCUGUGGCGCCCCCUGUGCAGGUGGUGUUCAACCCAUCAGGAGACAGGUUGGCCGUGCUUGACAUCGCGGGAGGGGUCAGCAUCGUGGAAACUUCGGAGGACGCCGCUAACGCCUCAUCCCUCGGCCGCAGGUGUCUUUCCGCAGACGGCCGCUCCUGGCAUCGCGUUACGGGGGCCGCAGCAGCAGCAGCAGCAGCAAGAGGGCCACCGCUGCCGGCGGAGACCACCACCGCUCCCGCCGCCGGAGGCGGCACCGGCGCCGCCGUCCCGCGGGCCGUGUCCGUCGGGUGGUGGUCGGAGCUUACCCUGGCGGCGAUCUCCUCCGCUGGCGAUCUCGCUUUCCUCGACGCUCCGCUCUUGGAGGCCGGCCCCGCUACCGCCGCUACCGUCGAGAUCGCCACCGCCUUCCGCAACAGCGCCGGAGACCGGGGGGGGGUAGCGGGACCGAGACCCCCUCCGCUGGGCCCCCGGUGCUCGGUCUGGUUCGCGGGGGACGGGCGGAGAGCGGCCGUCUGCUGGCCCGGGUUGGGAGGGGCCCGGAGCGCCGGGGCCGGGGGGUCGGUGGUGGGGCUGUUGACGCUGGGCACGGCGGAGGAGGCGGUGGAGAGCAGGGUGCGCCGCGGCUUGCUGGGAGAGGCGCUCGACCUAGCAACGGCCUGUGGGCUGGAUGCCGGGAGCGUGAGAGCCGGGCUUUGGCGCAGGGCGGUCGAAAGAGGGUCGUUCUCUGAGGACGACGUCCAACAGCAUCUCGCCGGAGUCUCGGACCACAGGUGGGUCGUAAAAGAGGCGCUGGCAGGUAUCGGUUUGGCUGCAACGGAGUCCGCGGCGGCAGCUAUCCUCGCAGAGGGGCUCCGCAGGUGCGAUUUUCUCCUCCCCGCUCACAGCACGGGGUGGGGGUCCUCCUCGGACGAACGGUCCGCGGCCGCCGUCGGAGGCGGGGGCCCGGCAGAAGAAAGUGUGACGGCGAGCGGCGGGGAUGGGUGGGACUUCGACGACGAUGCUGAUGAUGAUGGAGACUUGGGAGAUGCACCGAGGGCGGCGACGGCUGCGCCGGGGGCGGCGGCAGUGGAGCACGGGUCGUCGAUAGUACUGGCUGGAGGUGGCGGUGCUGCUGGCGGAAGCGGUGGCGGUAGGGGUAGUGGCGGUGGCGCGGUGACGGCGGUAGGGCUUGGAUCCGCGGGCGAUGAGGGGGACAGCGAGGUGCGGCGGCUGCGCGCGCGACUGAUGUCCCUGCGGUACCUGUUGGACACGUUCCUGGCCCUGGAAGGGGAGCAAGGGCGCGGUUUCGACGUGGGCGGACUGCGGGAGUUCUUGGGUCUCGGGUCGGGAGACGGUGGUGCCGAAGAGAGAGCGUGGGAGGACUUCCCGUACAGGAGAGACAAUCUCCGGAGAUCGUUGAUGGGGUUUGCGCGCAAGGGGAAGGCGUCGGCGGUGGGGGUGCUGAUGGAGAGACACCCGCUGGAGACGCUGCCGGCUAGGCUGGAGGCGCUGAGUGCCCUUCCAGAAACCCUUGACCCGAGGUUGUACGCAAGCCUCCUGCCGUGCUGCGGGGCAGUAGCCCUCACCGCCUCCGCUUCCGCCGCUGGCGUCCAUUCUUCCGCCGGGGCGACACCGCCGCCCUUCCCGCUCUUCUUUCGCGCGAGAGAGACUGCGGCGGGAGCCGGGGAAGGAGUUCCGUCAGCCGAGGCGUUUCCGGUGCCAAGGACAAGGCCGCGGAGCCGUGAAAACAGGGCGGAAGCGCCGACAGUGAUGAUGAUGAUGACGAUGGCGGUGCAGGGUCGUGACGCGCCGGUUUUGGGCGGCCGAUCAGCCAAUGAGCGCCCGCCAACGCCACUCUGUGAAGCAGAUGUCAACGGCACCGCCGCUUCUUCCGACAAGGAUGAUGGCGGUUCCAUUGACCAGAAGGACGUGCUUUUUGUCGAAGCGCCGGGAGCGAGCGACGCCGACCAGAUAGCGACGGCGGCGGAGCGGCAGCGGGACUCUGCCGCGCUCGCCGCCUGGUACGCCGGCCGCGCCCGCGAGCUCGACGCCCGGGCGGGGCAGCUGCGGCAUGCGGCGACCCUUUGCCGCUUCGGCGCACGGCGUGUUGUUGUCUCCUCCUCCUCCUCCGGGGGGCGGGGGGGUGAUGUGACGGAAGGGCAGCUGGUGCGGCUUGAUCGCUUGCUGCAGCACUUGACGUCUCUGGUGUACGCCGGUAGCGUAAGCCCCUCCGUCACCCUCGCCGCGUGGGAGAACAUGGGCCUCGAGGAGAGGAUGUCGGCGGUGCUCUCGGCUUCCUCCGUGGGCACCAUCGCCAAUGACGUCCGCUCCUUCGCGUCCGCCGCCGCCGCAGGCGGGAGCGGCGGGGCGAGCGGCGAUGAUCUCCUGGAGCGACCACGGGAGCAGGAGGGGUACGAGGUACCUACCUCUCAGGCGGUAUCUGCCGCCGUCCCCACUCGCUUGGAAGGCGUUAUGGUGCGGGUGUUGGGGGCGCUGGUAAAGACAGCGCCGUCGGCGGAGAGGAUGGAGGCGUGCGCCGCGGUUGCCAAGGCUAGCCGACCCGAGGUUCCCGAGAACGAUCGCCUGAUUCGCAAGCCGGAGGCGUUGCUGACCCUCCUCCUGGACGCUUGUUACGCUUGGACCGAAACGGCUCCAGACGCGAGAGCAAUGGAAGCUGCGUGGGAUCUGCUGGAGUGCGUCCCUACCCGUCAGGCUAACGUGGACGCGUCCUUGCAGGACAGGGUGGAUGCUCUGGAGGGACACCUGUACGCCACGCAGGUCUUGCAAACGUACGGGCUGGCCCCGCCGCUGACCAGGUAUCUGGAGAUGGGCGGCGGCGCAGAGGGCACCACAGGCCGCGAUGCCGAGAGGUACAACGCUUUCACGAGAGGGCUCGUGGACCAGAUGUGCGCGGUCACCAUGGACCGCGCGGGCAUGGGCUCGACCGAUCACUCUAGCGGCGGCGGGGGCGGGUCGUCCAAGGUUGGCAGAAUCUGGCAACGCGGGGCGAAAAUGGUUGGAGGCGUAGGUCGGCGUGCGGGAGGGGGCGGGGUCGUGCUGGACGGGGUGGGGAGGGAGGCGAUACUGCGGCUGCACAAGGACGUGUCCCGGCUGCAGUCCAACGCGUGGCAGGGUCUCGGCACGAAGUGGGCCAUCCGCAGGGUCCUCCAGGCCGUGGUCGAGGGCGGCCAGUUCGACGUCGCUAGGGCGCUUGUCGAGAGCUCCGUCACGCCGAAGCUUGGGGCUGGCGGGAGCGAAGGGAACGAGGAUGAUGGACGCGCUGGAAGUCCGGCCGAGGAUAAGGUCGAAGAGGCGAAACGUGAGGAGAGAAGAUCGAUCGCCGAAGACGUCCUUCUCUCGGCAGCGAUGGCUCACUUUAACGCCGCCCCUUCCUUCGAGGACGGAGAAGAGCUGCGGUGGGCUCAGAGAUGGCUGGACCUCUUGCCGUGGUCCUCUCCGGCCCUGGGUCGAGAGAGGGGCCUUCAUGACGCCGGAAGGCUAGCGCACGACCUCGGCGCGGUUGACCUAGUCCCGCUACAGCUUCGUCUCCGUCUCGGCGGCGCCGGCGGUAGUGUUGGCGGCGGUUGCACGGGCGGGGGCAACAAGGCACCCGCUGCUGUUCCUGCUGACGGAGCAAUGGGGGUCAUCCAAGAAGUCUUACGCUGCAACCCAGACUCCUUCAGAGACGGAGGGGGCUCCGCGUUGGAAGAGGGGUGGGGGGGCGAGGGCGAAGGCCUGUUCGGCGCUGGCAAGGGGGGACUCAUCCGCACCCCUCCCGGCACGGGCCUGAUGCGUCUGGCGGGCCUCCUGGGCCUAACCUCCGGCGAAGAGAUCGACCGCGUCAGGGCGCUCGUGGCCAGGGCCGCCCUCGAAGCCGGCGAAGGCGGAGCGGCCUGCGACAUCCUGUCGGUCGCCAUUCUGCGUCGCACCCCUCGCGGGCGGCGGCGGGGGGAGGAAGAAGGUGGUGCGAUGGUCGUGCCGUUCGCGCCGGAGCUGUGCGAGGCGCUCGAUCUGGUGGUGGAGUGGGGGGGGUCGGGAGCCCCGCGGGUGGGCACGGCUGCGACGGGUGCCCCCCCCCCAGCUCGAACGGCGGACCUCUGCGCGCAGGCCCUGUCCCGCUGCCCCGCCUCCCAGAUCGGCCGGCUUUUAGGGCCCUGGUCUCGCUUUGAGGCCGUCCGCUACCUUGCGGAGGCUGCUGCUGCUGCUGCGCCUACCGCUGACAGCGGCGGUGUCGGCGUUGCCGACGGCGCCGGUGGGAGUCCCUGCCCCGGGGGUGGGGGUGGGGGCCCCGCAGCCGUCGCGAGCGUACUGGUGGGGGGGGGGAUGGACGAGCGCGCCGCGGCGUCGGUGGAGCGAUCGCUAGCCGUGGGCUUCCAAGCGGGGGAGGGUAGCGGCAGCGACGAUUCCUCAUCUUGGUUGGACCGCCGUUUGGGAGUUGGCGGCGGGGCGGCAGAGGGAGCUCUACGCGUCCUCCUUCUUCGGGAGCACGGCUCGUCCUUGCUGUCUCCGUUUUCCCGCGACGCAGCAGGGGACGGGGAUGGUGCGGCGACGAAGAAGAAGCCACUGGAAGAAUACGCCGGCCCGGCGGAGGCAGCAGAAACAGCGGCGGCGCUCGAUGAUUCAGUGAGGAGGGAAGCGACGAGCCGCUUGUGUAUCCUCCUAGCCCUGGCCGAGCUACGCUUGUCGGAAGAGGAAGAGGAAGCCAGAGCUGCAGACACCGCAGGUGGCCAAGAUCAACAUUCUCCUUCUGCCUUCGGCAGCCAAGGUUGCUCGGCCCAAGAGGUGGCGGCGGCGGGACCGGGGACGACGGCGGCGGCACGGGAAGCAGCCGACGAGUUCGGAGUCGGAGAGGUCGAGCGUGCCGUCGGGUACGCCCUCGCCGCCGCGGACGGCCGGGCGGCUCUCGGCGCUCUCCGGGCGUUGCUGGAGCGGGCGGAGGCGAGAGUAAAGGGUCUGAGAGAGGAUGCGGAGGCGGCGGUGGCGGCGGCGGCGGAGGAGAGAGUCGGAGCCGGCGGGGGGCGACGGACCGGAGCAGACGACGAGGCGGUUGUAACAGCGGCCGCCACCGUAGACCCCGACGAGGUCCUCGUCCAAGCGCUCGGCAAGAGGGGCAUCUCCUCCAACCGCGCCCGCCGCGCCUGCGUUGCCACUCAAAACGCCUCCCGCGAGGCCGCCCUCGCCUGGUGCGUCGAGCACUCGGCCGACCCCGCCAUGGACGCUCCCUUCGUCUCGUCGCGCCGGGCACCGCAGGCGCCGACAAGCGGUGGCAGCGGGCGCCAGGCCAGCGAGGUCGACGGCGGCAGUGGGAGCAGUGGCGGGGACGGCAGGAUGCGGGCGGCGAUGCGAUCACGUGAUAGGGCGGCCGCUGCCCUGGAGGCCUAUGUGCGCGCUAGGCUGGCAGUUGUCAACGGGGGUACCGGCGGCGGCGGCGGCGGCGGCGGUGGCGACGGCGUUGAAGGGGCUCUCCCCGCCGUUGAGGAGGAGAUAGAGGAGCUGCUCGCCGUGAUCACUUCUUUCCGGCAACGGCAGAGCCUGGGACUGGCGGAGGAGAAGGCGAGGGGGGUCUUGCCGGCGACGGUGGAUCUCGGGAGGUUCGCGGGGGACCCUCGGUAUCGCCAGGGUCCCCGUGGCGUCAUCGCCCUCGCGCGCGAGUACCCGGACACGGACGUCUGGAGAGUCGCCGCCGCGGCCACAACCGGCCUCCUGGGCCGGGGUUACGGGAAGCUCCGGAGCAAGGGAGUCGCCGCUUCCGCCGCCAUCUCCCGGGUGGAGACAGAACUGAGGAACAGCGGGGCAGGAGGAGGCGGCGCGUUGUUGGACGCAGUGUUGGACGGUGGCGGCGGCGGCGGCGACGGCGGCGGCCGGGGACGGCAGGAUGCUCUGCAGGUCGUGCGCGACCUGUUCGUCGGUGCCGCGGACGGGGCCGACCUGCACCACCUCGAUCUUCUACUCCGGUUGAUGUACGAAGCGGCGGCGAGGUCUGGGCCGUCCGGCGGUGCCGAGGCGGGCGGCGGCGUCGGCGGUGGUGCGAAGAAUCCUAUCGAGAGGCGGCUCAACGCGCACAUCGGGCUCAUGAGACGGCUCCUGAAGGCCGCCCCGCCGGGGCUCGACUACAAGGCUCUCAUCGGGGACGAUCCCCUGGCGGACCCGCUCGCCGACCCGGAAGCCGGGGGAGGCGCCCCCGACGCCGCCGCCGCGUUCGCCGGAAAUUCUUUGGCGCCGUCCAGCAACAACAGCGCCAGCAGCAGCAGCGGCGCCGGCGGCGGCGCCGCGACGCGAAGGACGGCGGCAGGGCUGGCGGCGGCGCGAGCGCGGGCCAUGGCCGAGCUCCGGUCGGUCGCGGGGCUCGAGCACGCCGCGGCGCUGUCGAAGCUGGCGGCGCGGAUCCCGGGAAUGUCGGUCUCGGCGGUGUACCUGGCGGUGGCGCAGCGGGUGCUCUGCGGCGAGGCCGGCGGGCUGUCGCCGGAGGAUAUGGACCUGUUGCGCGGUGCCCUCAUCACAGACAGCGGCGAGGAAGAGGAGGCGGAAGCAUUGUCUGCCUCCGUGUACCACCUCCUCUCCCCCCUGCUCCCCAAGAUGGCGGCGGAUGACUUGGUCGAGUUGGCGGCGGCCGUCUGCGCCCCCCACGCUGCCGGCGACCACCGGGGGUAUUACCCCUGCCGCAGGACGACCCCGGCAGCGACAUCCUCGCCGCCCCCCGCGGACAACAGAAUGGCACCCUUGCGUCUCACGGUGCGGUGCAGGCGAAGGCUCCUGGCGGCGGCGGAAGUCGCCGAGGGCAGCGGUAGCGCGGAGGCCGCUUCGGCGGCUGCAGCGACUCUUGCCGGCCUGAGCGGCCUUUUGGACGCUCUCGACGUCGUGGCGCCCUACGUCGUAUCGCCCCGGGAACUGGUGGGCCGUGAGCUCGAGAUGGCCUGGGCAGCGUCGAACAGAGCCCGUACUGGUGACGAUAAUGGCGGCGCGGAGACGGCCGCGCUGCAACAAGAGCGCGCGGUCUCCGCUGCUGCCGGGGCUGCGGCAGACAUGGUGGCCAUGGGCGCGCCCCCCGUUGCAGUGGACGCCGUUUGCUCGGGCAUGCAAGCAGCGCUAGGGGUUCGGGCCACCGAAGAAGCUUGGGCGGCCCCGGCGGGGGACGCCUCCGCGAAGCAAGGAGCAGCGGCGGCGGAGUUGCUGAACCCCUUCCGCGUGUACGCCACCGCGGCCGCCGCGAUCUUGGCGCGCUUGGUUUCUAGCGACCCGGACGACCGUGCACGGGCGCUCGAGGCACUCCGGCGGGUUUGCACCGCCGCUGCAACCGGAUCCGGGGGGUGGGGCGGGAGUCACCGCGAUGCCGGGGCGGCGGCGGCGGCGGCCGCCAGUGGUAAGGCUUGGGGAGUUCUUGCCCCGAGGCUUGGCCUCUUCUGCAGAGAAGGCGACUCCAGUUUCCGGGCAAGCGACGGCGACGGCGGCGGCGGUGGCGGUGGCGGCGGCCGUAACGAAGCUGCUGCCCCUUCGGUAGUGUUGUGGGCCCGCGCCGAGGUGCUAACCCUCGUGCGGAGCUUCGGUGGAGCGUCAGUCGUAGCCGACGAGGAACCGGAAUCCACCACCGCCAGUAGUGCCGGCGAGGCGGUCGGGGGAGUGACAACCGACAACCAACAACACGAAGAGAGCCACGGGCUUGUCGGGGACGGCGAUGGCGGAGGCCGUAGGUUGCCGUCGCCAUUGCCGGCGCAGCUGUCGGUCCCGUUCUUGCGAGUAGCGGAGCUGGCCAUGGAGGCGUUCGGGAAGCGGACCUCGCCGGAGGAUGUGGACUCGUGGGUGUCCCGUUCGGCGUUCCUGGGGUUGCUCGUGCCGGCCACUACGUCGGGUGCUACCUUCGGCAGCCGAGAGGGGGACCAAUCGUCUCCGGCGGGGCGAGAGGGGUCGAUUGCGGCCCUGUCGCGAGAGUGGUGGCCGAAGCUCAUCUCGGCUGGGGUGGACGCGCGAGAGUGGGAGUUCGUGUGCAGGUGCUUGGCGUCGACUGGUUGCGCCGCUUUUACGUCGGAAGGGUUCGAAGAAGCGCUGUGGUCCACUCUAGAGGCCUCGGGCGCGCCCCCUCUCGCGCGCAUCAAGGUCGGGCUUGCCUCUCUUCACCCAUCCAGGCAUGUGGCCGCCACGAAGCUGUUGGCGAGCGAGUUGAGCGCUAGCGACAGCGGCGCGGCUGCCAGCGUGGACGAUGAUACCUUGCAGCUCGCUCUCUCCAGCCCGUCUCUGGGGCAGCUGGCGAAGACCGCUCUCUACCCUUCCCUCGCGGCCGUCGCGAUGCGGUGCAAGCUCUGGUCCUGCCCUCCUUCUCAACAGCAACCACAAGGCCAGCACCGACAACGACAGCAGCAGCCGUUGUCCUCGUCCACCGCGGUCGUGCCUCCGCCGCCGACCUCCUCGAUGGAGUUCCUGCUCCUCGCGAUGGCCUGCGCGGGGGAACACAGCAGAGCGGCAGCGCUCGCGUGCGAGACUUCAGGAGUCCACCCGGGCUUGCGCACUCUCGACGGCGGCUUGGUGGUGCUCGGGAUGCGGCUCAGGGCGGGGGGUGGUUCCUUGGGUGCCGGGGCGGGGGAUACGGGCAUGGGGUGGUUUGAGCCGUUGGCUGGCGCGCUCCGGGAGAGAGCGCUGCAAGCUUUCGAGGAGGAUGUUUUUUGAACAAAGCGGGCUGGCUUGCUCGCGGCAAGCUUUCGAGGAGAUGGUGUGUUUGGAAUAACGUGGACUAGCGCGCAUGCUGAAAGCCCUGCUGCAAUCCUUCGAGGAGGAUGUUUUUCGAGUGCAGCGGACUGGCUGGCUUGCUUCCUGCUGCAAGCAUGUUUUUUGAGUUUUUGGGACUGGCUUCCUUGCUGUCUGCGAUGAAUAGGGCCGCGUUUGUCGAUGCGCGUCUUGUAUUUGCUAUGGUUGUAUGGCAUGGGCGGCUCUCGUUUACCUCCGAAGGGAGCACCGCUCAGAGUGCCAAUGCGCGAAACAUCUAUCCCCCCCCCCCCGUGUCUUGCCCCUCUUUGUCGAGGGGGGUAAAAGUGGGUCGUUCGUUUGCUUGGCGUCGCCAGCCCCUGCAUUCAUCGGACUAGGUGUUGCUAUGCACAUGGCGAGCGCCGCGUAAGGUUCUGGAUGCUAUAUUGGACAUGCUUUGGAGACCAGUCGCCGUUUUGCCAACUCUCCAUUACUUUCCUGCAGGCACUCUUGUGUGGGGUGCAAUAGGCGGGGGCCAGGCUUUGGGUUAAUGCAGUCCUUCCACGAUGACAAUGUCCACGGUUUGUGUGCAUUCUGGUCGGUUGGCUUGUGGCUGCGAAAGGCGUCCGCGUCAACUGGACGGAUAAAAAUAGUGUUUUUGUUC